UCCGGUCACCGCCCUCUCCCGGAGCCGGGCGAUAUUUAAAACAACCCCACCGAGCGCGCGGAGAAGCUCAGGCGACCGCUCCGACAUCGGAUAUUUGGGAGUUUAACGCGCUGACACGCAGAAGAUGAAGUCCCCGAAGAUAAAGUCACAGAGCAAACCGUUCCUCGAGGAGGACGACGACCUGAGCGCCGUGCUGUGCGAGUUCGACGCUGUCAUCGAGGACUUCACGUCCCCGGUGGAGAAGCGGCGCUUCAGGUAUGACGAGCACCUGAGAACCGUGAAGAGACGGAGCAGCGCGAGCGUCAGCGACAGCGGCAUCAGCGACUCCGAGAGCGCAGAGUCCUUGAACAGAAACAGCUUCAGCUUCAGCGACGAGAAGCUCAACUCUCCCAGCGUCUUCUCCCCCUCAUCAAACAGUCCCUUGGCGGCAUCUCCUAAACCUAAACUCGGAGACACUAAAGAGCUAGAGGACUUCAUUGCCGACCUUGACAGAACAUUAGCAAGCAUGUGAGCAAGAGACGGGGCGACUGGGGCCCACCGCGUUGUAGCUCCGCUGGGGGACGACAGCCAGACCUGAACUACUGUGAAGACGGAGAAGACAAGGUCAGGGCUGGGCGCGCCGAACGAAGACGUUCACGAAGACUUCGUGUAUACUUGCACCCACACAAACACUCAAAUGCAAACGCGUAAGAAAUACACUUCUGACAGGAAUGGCUGCGCUCUCCGAAAAACUUGAGCUGUAAGAUUAUUUAAAUAGCUUUUUAUAGAAAUAUAUUUUUAAUUUUAUAGAGUUGGUUAUUGUAAAUUUUACCUGUAAUACCAUUUUGUGAAUUUAUAUUUUUGUAUUUCAUGUAAAUAUCGUUUCAGCCUCGCUAUAAGCCUUUUCUGUCACGCGAGAGUAAACGUAAUACAUUAGAAAAACUGGAAAAGCAAUAACAACGUGUAUUUAAUACAACUAAUGUCUUCUAAGAGAUUAAAGUUGACCGAUUUCAA